CCCCCCUGCCCCUGGAUUGCUACCAAGAAACAAAGCUGCCGCCGCCCACCGUUUCCGAAUUCCCGUCACCGUCCAAGAACCCGGAGCCACGGGUACAGGGGGUCGCAGAUCCGCCAAAACCACACACACACCCCCGGUCCGCCCUCAGUCCCAGUUUCUUUUCCCUGGCCCGGGAGGCGGCGGCGGCGGUUCUUGAGGGCGCUACUUCUUCGUGGAGGUUCCUGCACCCAAAAGCCCAAGUUUCUUCUAGACAUGGAUCAGUCCAAGGAAAAUGCAGAAUUCCCGAGCUGUGAUGCCUACUUUGAAGCUAUCCAAUCCAAAAAGAAGCUGCCACUAUCUUUGCAAGAAUCACUGACCGCUGCCUUUGCUCAGAUUCCAGUCUCAUCCUUCCCUGAGGUUCCUACUGGCCGAGUAAUUGAAAUUCCUGGUGACACCUCUGUUCUUGAGGCUGUGAGGAUUCUCUCGGAACACAACAUAAGGGCAGCUCCCGUGCUGAACCCGGAACCUGGGGCCCUAGCUGAUUGGCAAGGGCGGUAUCUUGGUGUUAUUGAUUACUCGGCAAUCAUCCUUUGGGUACUAGAAAAUGCUGAGCUUGCUUCUAUUGCUCUGUCCGCUGGAUCGGCAACUGCUGCAGGGGUUGGAAUGGGUGCUGUUGGUGCGGUGGGGGUCGCAGCAUUGGGUGCAAUUGGCCCAGCGGCAGUGGCUGGCUUGACUGCAGCUGCAGUAGGGGCUGCUGUUGCUGGUGGUUUAACUGCUGAAAAGGGUGUGGCAAAGGAUGGUUUAGCUGCCGCAGAUCACUUAGGAGAAGAUUUCUACAAAAUUUUGCUUGAGCAAGAACCUUUCAAAUCAACAACAGUUCAUUCAAUUGUGGAGUCAUACCGCUGGUCUCCUUUUGUCCCCAUUACAUUAGACAGUUCCAUGCUUACUGUACUACUAUUGCUCUCCAAGUACAGAUUGAGAAACGUCCCAGUGAUUGAGCCUGACAAACCUGUUAUCAAGAACUUUAUUACUCAGACUGGUGUUGUCAAAGGACUGCAACAGUGUAAAGGAAGGGAUUGGUUUGACUACAUUUCUGCACUUCCUCUUUCAGACUUGGGACUUCCUUUUAUGUCAAUUGAUGAGGUUAUAACUGUGAAGAGUGAUGAUCUAAUAUUAGAAGCUUUCAAGUGCAUGAAGGAUAACAAAAUUGGUGGUGUACCAGUAGUGGAAGGGCCCCAAAGGAAACUUGUUGGCAGUGUGAGCAUUAGGGACAUUCGCUUUCUGUUGCUUAGACCUGACUUAUUUUCGAAUUUCAGGCAACUUACUGUCAUUGAAUUCAUGAAGACUCUAGGCUCCACUCUUCCUGACUCAGGGAACGACUGCCUGGUGAAGCCGCCACCCACCUGCGCCCCUGACACUUCCCUUGGUAGCGUUAUCGACAGCAUUGCAUCAAGAAUAACCCAUCGUAUAUAUGUAGUGGAUGGUGACCUUGAGGUUGUCGGUGUUGUGACCCUGCGCGAUGUGAUCUCGUGCUUCAUCCACGAGCCACCUGGUUACUGCGACAUCUAUUUGGCUUCAGCAAAUAUUGGAGAAGCUGGAGGGAGGAGCCAGAUCAGUGGAGAAAGUUGAGCUUUAUGUAACGUGGACGUGGGAAUAACAGGCUGAGUUGAUGUGAUCUCUUUAGUUGGAAUAAUGCUUUCAGAUUGUGUUAAUCUUGUAAAUUCUGCUUAGAUUAAAAAGCAAGGCUUAUGUGUCCUCUCAAAUUGAGUUUACUGUGUCGUU